AAGGAGGGCGGUUUGAAAACAAGACGGGAGCUAAUGAGCUAAUGUGAACUUCUGCAAACUUAAACCAAAUUAUGCCGUAAAAGCAGAAAUAUUUGCAACUCUCUUUUCUUUUAUUUUAACUAAUGGACCUCUAGCCACGGGCUGAGAUUAAAGGGUGUUUACUGGUACCUCGUCUCGUCAGGAUGGCGAGCGUCCAUGAGAGCCUGUACUUCAACCCCAUGAUGACCAACGGAGUGGUCCACGCCAACGUGUUCGGCAUCAAGGACUGGGUCAGUCCCUACAAGAUCUCGGUGCUGACGCUGCUGUACGAGAUGACCGCGAACAAAACCAACCUGCCGGAGAGGAGGAGGCUCAACAAGCUGCUGCUGCCGCUGCAGCAGGGUCCGGACCUGGCUCUCGGGCAGUUCCUCCAGCUGGUGGAGGAGUGUUGUCCUCAGACUGCAUAUGCUGUCAAACUCAGGCUCCAUGAAAUGGCGGAUGGAGAGCUAAAAGACAUGGAGUACUUCUUUUCCACACUUCCCACCCCGUUCACUGCUUUCGAUUCGGAGGCUUAUAAAACCAGCGUUGUGGGUCUCUUUAUGAGGCACAUGCUCCUGGCGUACAACAAGCUGUCGUUCAGUCAAGUUUACAAGCUGUACAAGUCCCUGAGGAACUACUACCACAGCCACUACGCCAAGCCUUCAGACGGACACGUGGGGUUGCCGGCGUUGGCUGCAGACGACUCGGACAUGGACCUGACCAGCACCGAGGACACCGUGGGGGACAGAACGGACAAAGAGGAGCUGGACACCCCGCUGCACGAGUCAGAGCUUCAAAGUGACAACACUCCAAGCAAAGGCCCUUUGUCACAAAAACAAGCAGAGUACUUUCUUGCAAGACAGGCGUAUCUUCUGAAGAAUGAUGAAAACAAAGCCCUAAGGCCUGCAGCGUUGCAGGAAGAGCUCAACAACAUGCUGAAGUUUAACCCCGACUUCGCUGAAGCGCACUACCUGAACUACCUGAACAGCAUGAGAGUGCAGGACAUCUUCCUCUCCGCCCACAGUCUCUUACAUUACUUUGACCGCCUCAUCUUAUCGGGUAAUGAGGGGAAAAGCAACGGCGACGAGGGCUACGGCCGGAGUCUCCGCUACGCCGCUCUCAACCUGGCCAGUCUGCAUUGUCGCUUCGGCCACUAUCAGCAGGCGGAUCUGGCUCUACAGGAGGCGAUCCGCAUCGCCCAGGAGUCCAACGACCACGUGUGCUUGCAGCACUGUCUGAGUUGGCUCUACACCCUGGAACAGAUGAAAGGAUCUGACAGCACGGUGCUGACGGAGGACUCGGUGAAAAUGGCCGCUCAUUUCUGCCUGCCAUACCUGGCGUCUCUGGGCAUUCAGUCUCUGGUCCAGCAGGGGGCGACGCAGGGCAAGACUGCACACAAACUGAUGGAUGCGCUGAAGGACACAGACAUCCUGCACUGGAAACACAGUCUGUCGGAGCUGAUCGAGAUCAGCCUCGCUCAGACCACGUCCAUAUGGAGGAUGUAUGGAAAAAGCACCAUGGCUCUGCAGCAGGCCCAGCUCCUCCUCAACCUGAGCAGCCUGGAGCCGGUCAACUUCGGGGUCCAUCAGAACAACACGGAGGCCUUCGCCGUCGCUCUCUGCCACCUGGCCGAGCUUCACGCCGAGCAGGGUCUCUACUGUGCCGUUACUGAGAUCUUUCAGCAUCUGAAAGAUCAGUUUCCUCCUCACACACAACAUGCAAAGCUGUGGAUGCUGUGUGAUCUGAAGAUCCAGUUUGAGAGGAACAUGAAUGAAGGGAAGUAUCAUCUAGCAGAGCCGCUGGUCACGGCCAUCUCUGCAUUAAAUACAACAGAAGGCCUUUACAGGAAAUCUCAAGUUCUGAAGGCUCUCAACCGCAGCGCAGAAGCGUACAGCAUCUUGCAGCGGCUGCAAGUUCACUGUGAGAAGACCAAAUGCACCGAGAUAAUUAUCAGAGUGAUGCUGUCCACUGCUGAGCUUCACUGGGAGUCGUCGGGCUUCUCCACAGCUCUUCCUCUUCUCCUGCAGGCGUUGUCUCUGGCCAGACAGCACCACCUUCAGUCCCUGGCCUCGGAAACCAUCCUUCACCUGGCCUUCACUCAGCUCAUGCUGGGAGUCCCGGAGCAGGCUCUAAUCGUUCUUCACGAGGCCAUGGAGCCAGUUCUGGCCCACGGAUCUGUCCUGGACAAAGGUCGGGCCAUGCUGCUGGCAGCGCGCUGUCAGAUGGCCGUGGCUGGGUUCAGGCCAAACGGACAAGGUCGACCAGAUUUGCACUUAUCAGCGUUUGCAGUCGACACGCUCAACGAGGCGGCAGCUUAUUUCUUCCAACUGAACUGUAAGGAGCGGCUGCGGGACGUGUACUACCUGCAGGCUCGCCUGCACCGCUGCCUGGGACAAACCUCGCACAGCAACAAAAGCGCCAUGCUCUUCCGACUGCUGGACCAGGAGCUGCAGUCACGAGCGCCGCCCAUCUCCAUGCGACUCUGAGUAACAACAAAGAGGGGGAAAAAAAACUGCUGUGUUGAUGCAACUCGCCACUUGGUGGGAGUAAGACUCUGUCCACAUUCUUUCCCAUCACUGAAACAUCAACAUUUCUAUUUUUAGGUGUUUUUGAAGUGGAAAGAUCAUACGGUGCAGGAGUAAGAAUUAAUCGGAACAAUGUCGGCAGUCGUUGCGUUAGCUCCAGAUGUGCUUUAGUAGCUUCUGCUGAAGCAGCUUUAGGUUGAUCUGGCAGGAAAGCUAUUAGUCCAUGUUCCAG